GCUUCCCUACUGGGACAGAGUCUCGGUCACAAACAACUACUACCACCCCACCCCGCCCUCCUUCCCUUGCUGCUGUGAGCUCAGAGCAGCAGCACAAAGUGCCUGGGACAAGGACGGAGGCCUGGGAGCAGCUAUGGGCUAUGGGGGAGUGGGACUUCUUGGGACCAAGUGGCCCCUGUCUCUUCUGCUUCUGCUCAUUAUGGGAGGCAUGGCUCAGGACUCUCCACCCCAGAUCCUAGUUCACCCCCAGGACCAGCUGCUCCAGGGUCCAGAGCCUGCCAAGAUGAGCUGCAGAGCAUCUGGCCAGCCACCUCCCACCAUCCACUGGUUGCUAAAUGGGCAGCCCUUGAGUAUGGUGCCCCCAGACCUACACCAACUUCUACCUGAUGGAACCCUCCUGCUGCGGUGGCCCUUUGCCCAGGGACAGGCCCACAAUGACCAGGCCCUGUCUGCGGUCCUGGGCAUCUACACAUGUGAAGCCAGAAACCAGCUGGGGACAGCAGUCAGCCGAGGUGCAAGGCUGUCUGUGGCAGUCCUCCAAGAGGAUUUCCAGAUCCAGCCUCAAGAUACAGUGGCCACAGUGGGUGAGCAGGUGAUUCUGGAGUGUGGGCCACCCUGGGGCUAUCCACAGCCUGCAGUCUCAUGGUGGAAAGAUGGGAAACCUCUGGCUCUCCAGCCAGGACGACACACGGUAUCCAGGGGUUCCCUGCUGUUGGCAAGAGCAGAGAAGAGCGACGUAGGGACCUAUAUGUGUGUGGCCAUCAAUAACGCAGGACAACGAGAGAGUCGGGUAGCUAAGCUGUCUGUCCAGGAGUCCAAGGACCACAAGGAGCCUCUGGAGCUUCUGGCUGUGCGCAUUCAGCUGGAAAAUGUGACCCUGCUGAACCCAAAACCCAUGAAAGGACAUAAGCCUGGGCCAACUGUGUGGCUUAGCUGGAAGGUGAGUGGCCCUGCUGCACCUGCUCAGUCCUACACGGUCUUAUUCAGGGCCCAGAGGACUCCAGGAGGCCAGGGAGCUCCAUGGGCAGAGGUGUUGUUGGCUGGCUGGCAGAGCACAGAGCUCGAGGGCCUCCGCUGGGGCCAAGACUACGAGUUCAAAGUGAGACCAUCCUCUGGUCGGGCUCAAGGCCCUGACAGCAACGUGCUGCUCCUGCGGCUGCCAGAACAAGUGCCCAGUGCACCACCCCAAGAAGUGACCCUAAAACCUGGCAACAGCAGUGUCCUUGUGAACUGGGCUCCACCACCUAUUGAAAACCACAAUGGCAACAUCCGUGGCUACCAGGUCUGGAGUAUGGGCAACACCUCAUUGCCCCCAGCCAACUGGACUGUAGUAGGCAAGCAGACCCAGCUGGAGAUUGCCACCCGAAUGCCAGGAUCCUACUGCGUGCAAGUGGCUGCUGUCACUGGGGCUGGGGCUGGGGAACCCAGUAGCCCUGUUUGCCUCCUAUUAGAGCAGGCCAUGGAGCAAUCAGCCCGAGAACCCAGUGAGCAAGGCCCCUGGACAUUGGAGUGGCUGAGAGCCACCUUGAGACGGCCAGAGGUCAUCGCCAGUGGGGCUGUAUUGCUCUGGCUGCUGCUGCUGGGUACUGCUGUGUGUAUCUAUCGCCGGCGCCAAGCAGGGGUGCACCUGGGCCCAGGUCUGUACAGAUAUACCAGUGAAGAUGCCAUCCUAAAACACAGGAUGGACCACAGUGACUCCCCUUGGCUGGCAGACACCUGGCGUUCCACCUCUGGCUCUCGGGACCUGAGCAGCAGCAGCAGCCUCAGCAGUCGGCUGGGAGUGGACCCCCGGGACCCACUAGACUGCAGGCGCUCCCUUAUCUCCUGGGACCCCCGGAGCCCUGGUGUGCCCCUGCUUCCAGACACUAGCACUUUUUAUGGCUCCCUCAUCGCAGAGCUGCCCUCAAGCCCCCCAGCCCGGCCAAGCCCCCAGGCUCCAGCUGCUAGGCGUCUUCCACCCCAGCUGGCUGGAAAUUCGAGCCCCUGGCCCAGCUCAGACAGCCUCUGCAGCUGCAGGGGACUCUCUUCUCCACGCUUGUCUCUGGCCCCUGCAGAAGCUUUGAAGGCCAAAAAGAAGCAAGAGCUGCACCAAGCCAACAGCUCCCCACUGCUCCGGGGCAGCCACCCCAUGGAACUCUGGGCCCGGGAGUUGGGAAAUAGAGCCUCCAAGAACCUUUCUGCAAGCCCAGGAGCUGUGCCCCGAGCUCUGGUUGCCUGGCGGGCCCUGGCACCUCAGCUCCUCCGCAACUCAAACGAGCUGGCCACUCGCCCUCUCCCUUCAGUACCAAACUCUGCUCGUGGAACCCCCACUCAGAGCCUACAGACCCAGCACUUUGUGGAGCCCCAAACUCCCUCCUCCAACCCACUGCCAGAAUCCCCACUCCCCAUCCUUAGCCCCUCCAGGCCUGCCAGCCCCCAGGCCUCUUCCCUAUCUGGUCCCAGCCCAGCUUCUAGCCGCCUAUCCAGUUCUUCAUUGUCAUCCAUGGAAGAGGAUCAGGACAGUGUGCUGACCCCGGAGGAGGUAGCCCUGUGCCUGGAACUCAGUGAGGGCGAGGAGACACCCACGAAUAGCAUCUCUCCAAUACCAAGGGCUCCUUCACCUCCCACGACCUAUGGCUACAUCAGCAUCCCAACAGCCUCCGGACUAGCGGACAUGGGCAGGGCUGGAGGAGGGGUGGGGUCUGAGGUGGGGGGCUUAUUGUGCCCACCUCGGCCCUGCCCCACCCCCACCCCCAGUGAGGGCUCCCUGGUCAAUGGCUGGGGCUCAGCCUCUGAGGACAAUGUCCCCAGUGCCAGAGCCAGCCUGGUCAGCUCCUCGGAUGGUUCCUUCCUUGCUGAUGCCCACUUUGCCCAUGCCCUGGCAGUGGCUGUGGACAGCUUUGGUUUUGGUCUGGAGCCCAGGGAGGCAGACUUCGUCUUCACUGAUGCCUCCUCACCUCCCUCCCCACGGGAUGACCUCUUCUUGACCCCCAGUCUCUCCCUGCCCCUGUGGGAGUGGAGGCCAGACUGGUUGGAGGAUGCUGAGAUCAACCACACUCAGCAGCUGGGAAGGGGGCUUCCCCCCUGGCCUCCUGACUCUGGGGUCUCUUACCAAAGAAGUCGGCUCAGUGGUGUUGUGCCCAAGGCUGGUGCCAUUCCCACUAUCAUGGCCUUUGACCUAAGGAGCAGCCCUGCCUCCUGCUUUCCUCACUCAUGCAAAUCAAGAGAAAGGCAGGGAGCCAGAGAUGCCUUUGUGGAGGACAGCAGCUAUGGGACUGGGCCUUGGAGGAAAGCACUUCUUAGUGCCCACCCCCAUCUCGGCCCUACCUGGGCCCCUCCCCUAGAAGCCAGCUCAACACUCUCCCCAUGUAAGGAAAAUAAAGAGCAAAGCGACAGAGGCAGUGGGCCUUAACUAGUGUUAAGGCCAAGGGGUCAAGGCUGGGUCUCUGGAGAAGGCUAAAGGACGAAGGGAAGUCUGAGAACAUGGGACAAAAGCACCCUCCUCAUCUUUUUGUCAUUUUGAGUGUAAGGAACUUGACACUAUAAAACUGUAAAGACUUGAGUUCUGUGAGAUUAUUCCUUGGGGUACUAUUUUGGUGAGGACACCUGGAGAAGGGGCAAGAGUUACCUGGGUUGGGGAGGAAAUCAGUCAUUCCUUGACACUCAGAGAGUGUCCUCAUUUCUGUUCUGCAAUUGAAGGGAGAAUGAAGAGCACUUACCAGAUUUUAAGCAGAAUCUAAGAAAUAGAGGGGAGGGGCAGUUUUGGGGUCUGCUGAUCCUCAAAACUUAUCCCAACGAGACAGCUCUUGCUUUCUGCAGUCCCAGCCCUGCUCCUGAGACCAGUCUCAGAUGGUUUCUCAAAAAUAGACAAAGUAGCUAAAUUUCACAAAAGGUACAAUCACCUGAGAUGGUUGGCUAAUGAGCACUCUUCAGACAAAACAAUAGAAUGGAGAGAUGGAUGAGGGUACAGACUUCCAGGGCCAAAAUCGCUGAAAGCCACUGCCUCUUCCACACAGGACAGGAAAGAAAGGUCAGGGGCAGAAUUCACAAGUUGGGGGAGCAUGACAAGGGACACCGGAGGAUACCUUUUGUUGGGGGGAUUUGGAAGAAGGCCCUAUAAGUGGAUGCUAGUCCCCAAACCCAGCAACUCUACCUGGAGACCACUCUGAGGUCAGAAGUGGAGUGUGUGUGACAGGGGCACUGGGUGCUUCCUGCGUUGUGCUUAGUCUGAGCUGGAUUGUCAUGAUCUUGGGAGGAGGAAUCAGCGUUCCGGAUAUGCAUCCGUUCUAUUUGUUUUUCCUUUUUUGGAUUUUGUUUUUCUUUUAGCUUCCUGGUAAAAUUCCUUUUAAAAAUAUUCCAACCCUGUUUGCCAGCAUGAAGGGGAAAGAGGGAUUCGCACAUAUUUAUGUCAAAGGGAAGGGCAAGGUCAGUGCUGGUGCUUGAAGGGCAGUGGCCAUAUCUAAGAAUCGAGGGCAGUCAUGGAGCCAAGG